CGAUUCGCACCCAACCGAAAAUCGACGUACAAAUGACUUCCGGUUCAUAUGGAUUUUAGUAGUAAUAAGAACUGAAAUCUUUAAUAGAACUAAGUGGUUGAAUUGUCUGUUUUAUAAUUGUAGACUUUAAAGAUGCCAGCUCAAGUAUAUGCCUAUGCUGAAUCCAACGAUGUGGCCAAUUCUGUUGGGAACUAUAUAAUUAAACACCAGAAUGCUGCAUUGCAAUCGGGUGAAACAUUUAAAAUUGCUCUCUCUGGAGGUUCAUUAGGUAAAGUUUUAAAAAAGGCCCUUGUUGAUAAUAAAGAUAUUGCUGCAGAAGUCAAUUGGGAUAAAUGGGAAGUAUAUUUCAGUGAUGAAAGAUUAGUUCCUUUAGAUCAUGAAGAUUCCAACUAUGGAUUAUUUAAUCUGUUAGUUUUGAAAAAUUUACCAGCCCAUAUUGUGCUACCAAAAGUUUAUACAAUUGAUGAAUCCUUAGUCACUGGAAAGGAUGGUCAAGUUCAAGAUGUAGAUAUUGAAAAGGAUUUGGAAAUAGCUUCCAAAUACGAAUCCAAUUUACCUAAGGGUGCCAAAUUUGAUGUUAUUCUUUUGGGAUGUGGACCUGAUGGUCAUACCUGUUCUUUAUUCCCAGGUCAUAAAUUAUUAAAUGAAAGAUCUAAAUUAAUUGCUUACAUUAGUGAUUCGCCUAAACCUCCACCUAGAAGAAUCACUUUUACAUUCCCAGUAUUAGAGAAUGCUACAACUAUUGCCUUUGUUGCUGAAGGUGCAGGUAAAGCUCCUAUUUUGAAAGAGAUUUUUGAAGAUAAACAUACUAAAUUACCUUCCAAAUUGGUCAAUGACUUAACUACAGGGGUUCAAGUAUCAUGGUUUGUUGAUAAUAGUGCCAUUGAAGGUGUUGGUAUUGUUCCAUCUAAAUAUUAAUUAUAAGUAGUACAUUUUAUAGACAUUAUACAUUUUUCUCAUGCCGAGCACAACCUUGAUAUCAAGUAAGUUAUCUCAGUAAAUUAAUAUUUCUUCCUCCCUAGUUGUAAAAGUCUUCCCUUAUAUUUUCGUUUUCUUACGAAUAAAUAUUUAGUCUACUGACAUUUCAUAGUGCCAAAGCAAAAUAAUUCGUGAACAUGUAAGAAAAACAACGCUUAUAUAAUUCUUUCUAUUUCGUUUUAUCUUUGAUUCUAAUUUCACGACCAAUCCAUAAAUAUAAGCGGUGGUGUGCAAGUAGCUUUUCUUCCUUUCAGCUAAUAUUUUGUCGUAUGGAGAAGCAAAUAAUAGUCGUUCCUAGCUUUAAAUUAAUUUCACACUAGCGACUUCAUAGAAAUGUUUUUUUGUAGGCUACGA